AUGGUAUCACGACUUGAUUGUGAAGAUUUCGAUUUGUGUUUGCCACAUUCAAGAAUCCCAUUGAGAAAAAAUAAUGGUCCGGUUGAAGCUGUGGUUCGAUAUUGGGUAUGAUGGCACCAACUUCAGCGGGUGGCAGGCGCAGGAGGCGGCUCACGGCACGAAAAUUAUAUCAAAACCGGCGAGGACCACAGAGCAGGCGAAAAUAUUAAAUGCUUCUAGCGGUGGGCACCAGCCAGUAUAUGACGGGCGAGAACAAGCUGUAGUUCUUGCGUCUGAAAAGAGCACCAAAGGUGGAUCAUCGCCGCCCAUAUUUUGUCGUACUCCUACUGGAGGCAAAAGCGCAGCCGAAAGCGAGGCAGAAACCACAUGUCCUCCUCGCAGUGAGGAACCGGAAACGGAAAGAAGUGUAGUUUUUACGCCACAGCAACCCGAGCUUCCUUCUACCGAGGACUCGCUUUUAUCCAAAAAUUCCCUCGAUGUUCACCGUGUGUGCCUUCCGCACAACCGUCGCAAGGGCUGCUGGCGGGGGGAAAAGUGCCUUCGCGUCCACGAGUGUAGCCGAUGUGGCAGCCGGGAGCACGCGGCGUGGGAGCAGGUUUGCAGUGGUAGAGCUGGCUUUUUAGAGGGUGAAAAUUGCGCAGGAGCUGCUGUUCCAGCAGCUGCGUUCGCCGGAGUUGGCAUCAAGAGCGACACGACUUGUCUUUCCGUUGCGGAGCUACCAGCGGUGCAACCGGUGGUGGACAAAUGGAUCCGGGAUGCGGUGUUGCGAGUUUUUGCUGCUACUAAUGAAGUAGACGAGGAUCAUGAUCCACCUCGACGCACUGGUGACAACAACCACAGUACUAGAGCCGAACAAGAGAUGAAGAUGACAGGCGGGGUGGAGGUCACCAUGAUGACCGGAAGUUCUUGUACUUCUACAACUAGAUCGUCCACGAUGAAAACUUCUCCACUGCGUUCUUUGUCCGGCGUAUGCGGCACCUCGCGGACCGAUAAGGGCGUGCACGCGCGGUCGCACUAUCAAAUGUAAAAGUGUCUGGGUCUGGAAGGGUGGAAUUUGUAAUGCUGUCUGCGGAUGAUAAAAAUAUCUGUGUUGCAUGAGCAGCAAGACCAGUCAGUUCUUGGCACGCGAAGAGGGCAUUUGUCAUGCGUAAUUAGCAUCCAGAAGCUCUCAAAAAAUCUGUGAUGCUAGCACCAGCAUCACAGACCUCACGGGUCAUGCAAAAUCUGCAUGACAAGCCCCGAUCCUUCCAGACCCAGACAUAUUUGCAGUUCAUACGCGCUGGUGCUACGCAAACAUUCACGGGGGCUUUUCCGCCAGUUGCCCCAAGGACCUCGAUUUGGAAGACGAGAGGAAAUUGCUUUUUCUCUACGCCGAGUUGCGACGCACAGCGAAACACCAGCCCCACUGGAUCAACCGCGUGCCGUUCAUUGGCGGGUGCAAAAGCACGGCGGCGGAGGCCCUCGCGUUUGGUUUGAAUACGGACGAUCGAGGGGAAGAAGUUUUGGGAGCUUCAAGAGGAGCCCCAGGAACAUCUCCAGGACGAGAGUGCUUGUUGCCUUUAGUACCCGUCGCGAAGGAUUUAUUGGAUUCAAAUUUAUUAUCUCCAUCAGAGACCACGACCACUUCUGCACAGGAAAUAUAUACCCCAGCGGAUUUUGGGGCCAAGGAAUACCGCUACUUCAUCCAGAGGAAACGACCUGGUGCGCCCGGAAUUUGCAGCGGUACUGCAGGUAGGAGUUCUACUCCGAGUUUUACUUGUCCCAUCAACCUCGAAGAAGAGGUGGAGCUCCUGCAAACGGACUUUACUAAACAACUACAUCGAGGCUGUUGGCAAAUGCACGAGAAGGACUUCGACCGGAUAAGUUUAGACAAAAUCAACCAAGAGAUUGCCACCAACUUGCUCGGAAAACGCGACUGGACGCUUUUUUCCUCUCGGUGCGAGAAGAAAAACUGUGUCCGAAACAUGGUUUCGAUCACAGUCCUCGAGUUGAGGAAGGAUUCGAAAAAUGAGAACUCUGGCGGAGCAGCAGCAGCAUACGAAGUUGUGCACGACGGCCAGAGAUAUGAAGAUCCGUAUCUGAUGAUAUCAAAUAAACCCGGGGAAGUAGAAGUGGAAGAAAGAGAGGACGUAGAAGGUCCUGCUCCUAGGAAGGAACCUUGUGGAGGCCAUUUUCGUCGCGAAGUGGAAAAUGCUAGCGCUUUCCUUGAGUUCCGGUUUGUGGCCGACGGGUUUUUGCGCCACAUGGUCCGCCGCCUGGUGGGGCACUUGGUGGCGGUGGGCAUGCAAGUUGGUGAGGACAAAGAGGGAAAUAAUAAACCUGCAGACCUUUGUUCUUCACCUCCUGCGAACGACGACCCCGCGACUCUGUGUGCAGCAACGUGCAGCACCCAUAGCCAACAAGCCAUGCACAGCACACCUCCUUCAACUGAGCAAGAGCAGCCGGGAAAAUCGUCUUCAAGUGUCGAAACCGGCAAAAGACGCAACACAGAAGACGGUGGUCCUGGUUUCAUCCACAAAGCACGCCGAGCGCCUCCCCAAGGACUGUGGUUGUGGGGACUCGCGGAGAUUUAGGCUGGUGGAACGAAGAAAAUUUUUUUCUUCGCACUGAAUCUAAUGUACUAGUAGUAACUACACGACAUCAUGGAAAAUGUGGUGGAAGGAGAUUUUUCGGACAUCAUAAGUUCCUCCAGAUCAUUCCAGCGACACGACAUUCACGCGCUGAGGAACUUGUUCCAGCACACAAACAAGUUCACAGGCAAGGCGACCGCACAGCGACAUAUCAAUCUCAAGUAAACGCUCCGUUUGUCCUCGAAGCUUGAGACUACCCUUAGUGGA